AGCGGUUAGCUGAUACCAGGUGCCCAUAGGUGCCCGCAAGUGCCCCGAUGUUCGCAGCAUCAUUCGUGCCAGCAUGGCGUCUCUGCGGCGCCGGCGUGGGCAUGACAAGCGCCACCAGAGUCACAGGCACUGGCAGCGGCCUCGGAGGCUCCGGAGGCUCCGGCACCUGGUCGGCCUGGAAGCCACUCCUUGCGCUGGGCAUCGCCAAGUGCGGCCGGAGCCGCGGACGGGCCGCACGGGGCCUGCAAGCGCUCGCAGAAGUGGUCGAAAUCAGCGCCGAGGUUGGCUUGGGCCUGGUGUCGCCUCAGGGCGCCAAGGCGGGAGCUGUUUUGAUUGAAGAGGAUCCUUUGUUGCAGACCUCCAAGGACGAACGGCUCCCCGAGUCCGCAGCAAGGUUCAGGACCCUGCCGCAGGGCACCAAGCAGAAGCUGCUGGCACUGGCGGCCACACCCGGCCAAGCUGAGAAAGAGGUGGGCUUCAGUGGUGAUGAGCUGCGUUUCGUACGAGUGCUGCGCACGAACUCUGUGUCGGUGCCUGGGGCUGGCGGCGCCGUAUAUAAGACAGCCUGCCGGGCCAACCACAGCUGCAGACCCAAUGCCUCCCUGUGCGUCGGCCCAGAUGCCAGGAUGCGGCUGAAGGCUUUGCGAGACAUUGAGCCUGGGGAGGACAUCCAAGUCUCGUACAUUGGGGAGGGAGACCUGCUGCGGCCCACCCAGCACCGGCAGAAGCAGCUGGCCAGCUGGGGCUUCAAAUGCGGCUGCGUGCGCUGCAGCGGCCCGGAGGACACCCGGGCCUUCACAUGUGCGGCCUGCGGCACCGGGCUGAUGCACUACGAGAAGUCGGAGGUGAGCGGGCACCGCUGGGGCCCCUGCAGCUGCUGCCAGGCCGUGCUGCCGGCGGAGACACUGCGGGGUGCCGAGGAGCAGUGGCUGGACCACGUGCAGUCUUUGCGGCCCGAGUCUCAAGAAGCAUUGGCGCCUGUGAUGGCAGCAGCUAUGUAUGAGGGGCUCUGCUCGAGCCUUGCGGAAGGGGGGCCCACGGCCGGCCCGGCACUGGAAGGGCACUGGGUCUCCGCGAAGUUGGCGCGUUUGGCAGCGGAGGAGCUGGUUCGCCAAAGGAGGUACCAGGACCACUGCCGCGGGAUUCUCAGGAGGCCCGCGAGGCUGCUGCCGUGCUGCGCAGCUACGUGCGCCGCACCCUGGGGAGUGCAGCCACGCGCGCCACGGCCUUCGCCACCUACAUCGAGGCGUGGGUCCUGGCCGAGACGGGAGACCCAGCUGCGCUGCAGCUGGCGGAGCAGGCGGCGCAGGAGGCGGAUCUGCUGCCGCGGAGCGGGGACCAGCUGAGGAUCAAGGUGGAAGAAGUGAAGGACCUGGCGAGGAAGGUGACUGCGUAGUCUCCAGACCUUGUCAGCGCGUCAGAAACUUUCAACACGAUCC